AUGAUAGAGAAAAAUAAUAAAAAUAUAAAAAAAGGAAAAUUUUAUAGAACAAAGAAAAAAAAUAAAAAUGAAGAAAAAGUCAAUAAAUUGGGAUAUAAUGAUCUCAGAAAAAAUAAAAAAGUAAAUAAAAAAAGUGAAACAUUUAAAAAUUUUAAAAAAAAUAAAUUGGAGACUAAUCAGAAAUUUAAAAAUAAAACAAAAACACAUUUUAAUAAUAAAUAUAACAAUAAAAACAGAAUAUUAAACAAUUAUAAAGAGGUUGAUUCUGAAAAUAGUUAUGAUAAUUGUAAUUCUGGUUUUGAUGAAGAUAAAAAAGAAGAGAAUAAUUUAAAUAAUAAUGAAAACAUAACAAGUGAUUUAAAUAUAAAAAAUAGAACAGUUGAUUAUGUUGAUUAUAUAAAUAUGAUUAAAAAUUCAGAUGAGUAUAAUUUAGAUAAAAUAAAAAAAGAAUAUGAUGAAAAUAAUGAUAUAAAUAAUGAAAAAGUAUUUAAAAUUUUUCUUAUAUUUUCUCCUUUAGCUAUAACAAGUAUAAAAAACAAAAGUUGCUUAAUUAAUGCUGAUGAUCACAUGACACUUUUUGAAAAAAAAUUAAAAAAUCUUGAGAAUUUAAUGAAAAUUGAAAGCAAUGAUAAUAAUAAAAAAAAUAUAAAAAAAAAAAUCGAUAGUGUAAAAAAUAAAUUGGAUAAUAUAAGAUCUGAUGUAUUAUUUUAUACAUUACUAUGUUUAAGAGAUAGUAUUUUAAAUAAAAAACAAAAAUUACAAAUAUAUAUUUAUACAAUUAACAAUUUAUUAAUUUAUGUUUCUCCAUUAUUUCGUAUACCUAGAAAUUUUACAUUAUUUAAAAAAGUUAUGUUAAGUUUAUUGAAAAAAGGUGAAUUAUAUGAUGAUAAUAAACAAAUACUUUUAAAAAUUCUUCCUCAUUCGAUAAAAUAUUAUAUAGGAAACACAGUAUGUGUUGGUAUAUCAAAUGAUGGUUUUCCUACUGAUGCUAAAAAAUUUGCUGACAAAGUAAAAAAAACAAACAAUGAUUACUCAUUUUUUGUAUCUUUAUCAUAUAUUUAUGAUGUAACUAAAUUUAUUGAAAUAAUAAAAAAGAAGGAAUCAGAAGAAUUUUCAUUUGAUUAUCUUAUUAGAUUAUCAGACUUAAAGUUAUCACCGAUUACUAUUUGUUCAAAGUUGACUUAUUUUUUGAAUUAA